CAUGAAUUGGUUUUGCAUUAUCAAAACCAACUCCACAUAUUGAGUCUUAUACUCGGUUGCUUUCUUGUGUGUGUUUGUGUGGAGAAACCAAAACCAAAACCAAAGAUAGCUGACAAAUCCCAGGCUCAGAACCUUAGCUACCAAGCUGGAGAGGCCAAGGCCAAUGCUCAGAUGAACAAGGACCAGAUGAUGGAUAAGGCAACCAAUGCCAUGAAUUCUGCCAAGGAGUCAUGUCAAGAGACUGGUCAGCAAAUGAAAUCCAAGGCAGAAGGAGCUACUGAUGCUGUCAAGAACGCAAUGGGCAUGAACAAAUGAAAAUGAGUCACUUCUUUUUUUUAUGCUUUAAUUGAAGAGCUGAUUAUUGUUCUUGUUCCUUCAACAAUGAAGAGUGCUCCUAACAGCUGGAGCUGUAAGAACAAACCUCAAUCAAUAAAAAUUUUCUAGUAGCAACA